CUCAUGCGUCGAGAUGAGGGCAGCUGAGAGAUGGAAGAGUCUCUGUUGACGACGGAGAGCGGUGGAGGAAGGGAAGGAAAGGGAUGGGCGAGCAGGCUCGGAUGGGGCGACGGCGGCAGAGAGCUCAUGGAGGAGGCGCGGCGGCUGGGCUACGUCGCCGCCCCCAUGGUAGCGGUGACCAUGUCGCAGUUCCUGGUGCAGGUGGUCUCCAGCAUGAUGGUGGGUCACCUCGGCAAGCUCGACCUGGCCAGCGCCGCCAUCGCCACCUCCCUCACCAGCGUCACCGGUUUCAGCCUCCUCUUAGGGAUGGCAAGUGGUCUAGAAACUCUAUGUGGACAAGCCUAUGGAGCGGAACAGUACCAUAUGCUAGGUAUCCACACGUAUAGAGCCAUAUUCUCUCUUUUAGUGGUCUGCCUUCCUAUCUCGCUUGUAUGGGCCUCGAUGGGAAAGCUUCUUCAAUUAAUUGGUCAAGACCCCUUAAUAUCCCAAGAAGCUGGAAAAUAUGCUGUGUGGAUGAUGCCUGGAUUGUUUGCUUAUGCCAUUGCUCAGCCUCUAAUGAAGUUCCUUCUCUCUCAAAGCUUAAUUCUUCCAAUGCUCUUAAGCUCUCUGAUGACACUGUGCCUUCAUAUCCCUCUAUGUUGGGUCUUGGUGUUCAAGUCAGGCUUACGAAAUGUUGGGGCUGCUCUUUCUAUAAGUAUAUCAUAUUGGCUGAAUGUAUUUAUGUUGGGGAUGUACAUAAGGUAUUCAGCUUCCUGCAGAGCUACUCGUGCACCAAUUUCAAAGGAAGCAUUUAGAGGCGUUAAUGAAUUCUUACGGCUAGCACUGCCAUCAGCAUUAAUGAUAUGUCUUGAAUGGUGGUCAUUUGAGCUGCUUAUCUUGCUCUCUGGGCUCUUGCCCAAUCCGCAGCUCGAAACAUCAGUCCUCUCCAUUUGCCUCAAUAGCAUCACAUUGCUCUAUUGCUUUCCAUAUGGUCUUGGUUGUGCUGCAAGUACUCGAGUCUCGAACGAAUUAGGUGCUUGGAACCCAAAGGGUGCUCAGUUAGUAGUACGUGUUGCAAUGUUUCUUGCUAUUUCUGAGGCUGUUCUUGUGAGCGGGACUCUCUUCGCCAUGCGCCGGAUCUUGGGUUAUGCUUAUAGCAACGAGGAGGAGGUCAUGAAUUAUGUUACUGAUAUGGUUCCGCUGGUCUGCUUUUCGGUAGUCUUUGACAGCUUACAGGGGGUCCUCUCAGGCAUUGCUAGAGGAUGCGGAUGGCAGCAUCUAGGUGCUUAUGUGAACCUCGGAUCAUUCUAUUUGUUUGGUAUUCCCAUCGCUGUUGUUCUGGGUUUCCUAUUGCACAUAGGAGGUAAAGGCCUUUGGAUUGGUAUAGUGUGUGGGUCUACAACGCAGACGAUCCUCCUUUCACUGAUAACAAUCUUCACAAAUUGGCAAAAUCAGGCAACCAUGGCAAGGGAGCGAAUAUUCCACGAAAGGUUACCUUUACAGAAUAUGUUGAAGUGAACCAGCUAGUUAGUUGCUCUUCAUCCAAUUUUCACUGUCAAGAUAUGAUUGUCAUAACUGGUGAGGAGACAAAACAACUGCUUAGUGAUUGGCUAAAUUUUGGUUAAAUGAAGUCUUUGAUCAACCAUGCUAUUGCAAUUGGAGGUUUUGCUUCCAAAUGCAAUUGGCAUUUCAAACUAUUGAGAUCACCGGUGAUGAUCAAUUCAUUAAAGUCUGAUGUACCACUGUCUAGUUGAAAUAAAGUGAUCAUGAAAGCGUAGGUUUUUUGUGAAACUGUGACCUAGUAGAUGCUUGAGAAGGGAGUAGUUCUUUACUUGGUGAGUUAUACUUAAUGAAGUUUUUCACCAAGUAAACAUGGAGGUGAUGGGUCUUGUGUAAUGCUAGAGAAACUUUUGAAAGCUCCAAUUACUUGAUGUG